AUGUCUGUGGUACAGUCCUCCAUAGCUGACCUCGUUCGCAACUCCGGGACCCUGCGCGGGGGCCGCCGGACUGAGAUGCCAGAACCCGUCCACCGGCCGCGCACUCUGUAUGAUAAGAUAUGGGAUGAUCAUGUAGUUGAUCAGCAGGAAGAUGGACUGGCGCUCCUUUACAUCGACAGGCACCUCGUCUUUGAAGUAUCUAGCCCUCAAGCGUUUGAUGGUCUGCGUGCCGCCGGACGUGCAGUUCGGCGUACAGACUGUACUCUCGCGACAGUCGACCAUAAUGUCCCUACGGCCAGCCGCAAGAACUUCACCUCAGCGAGCACGUUCAUUGAGGAGCCGGACUCGCGUGCACAAGUGAUGGCUCUGGAGGAGAACGUGAAAGAGUUCGGCUUGACGUACUUUGGCCUGUCGGAUCGUCGUCAGGGCAUUGUGCACAUCAUCGGACCCGAACAAGGAUUCACUCUGCCUGGCAUCACCUGCGUAGCUGGUGAUUCGCACACAUCGACUCAUGGCGCCUUUGGCUCUCUUGCUUUUGGAAUCGGUACAUCCGAAGUCGAGCACGUUCUCGCAACGCAGACCCUCCUCCAAAAGAAAGCCAAGAACAUGCGCAUCACCGUCGAAGGCACUCUUCCCGAAGGCGUGAACUCGAAGGACGUGAUCCUGCACAUCAUCGGCGUCAUCGGCACAGCAGGCGGUACGGGCGCCGUCAUCGAAUACGCGGGCUCGAUCUUCCGCGGUUUCAGCAUGGAAGCGCGUAUGAGCGUCUGCAACAUGAGCAUUGAAGCGGGCGCUCGUGCGGGUAUGGUCGCGCCGGACGAGACUACGUUUGAGUAUCUCAAGGGCCGACCGCUCGCGCCGAAAGCAGAAGAGUGGGACCGCGCGGUGGCGUACUGGAAGACGCUCAGGUCGGAUGAGGGCGCGAAGUUCGACAUUGAGGUCAAUAUCCGCGCCGAGCAUAUCAUUCCGACCGUGACCUGGGGUACUUCGCCGCAGGACGUCGCACCUAUUACCGGCACUGUCCCCAAUCCGGCGGACUUCGCCGAUCCCGGCAAGCGCGCUGCCGCCGAGCGAUCGCUGAAGUACAUGGGUCUCAAGCCCGGUACCAAGCUGGAAGACAUCACUAUCGACAAAGUCUUCAUCGGGUCGUGCACGAACAGCCGUAUCGAGGACCUGCGCUCUGCCGCCCGGAUCGUACUCGCCGCUGGACCCGAAGCCAAGGUCGCCCCGAACGUCUACGCCAUGGUCGUCCCCGGCUCCGGUAUCAUCAAACAGCAUGCCGAAGCGGAGGGUCUGGACGUCAUAUUCAAGCGCGCGGGCUUCGAUUGGCGCGAGGCAGGCUGCUCGAUGUGCCUGGGUAUGAACCCCGACCAGCUCUCUCCCGGGGAACGCUGCGCCAGUACGAGUAAUCGGAACUUUGAAGGACGGCAAGGAGCUGGCGGACGGACGCACCUCAUCAGCCCUGCCAUGGCUGCUGCUGCCGCGAUCACGGGCAAGCUUACGGAUGUGCGUCGGUUCUUGGGCGUCGACACGAGCCAGGCCUCUGCUCUGAAAGUAACGAAGGAGGCAAAGGAGUUCCUCACAGAAACCGUGCCGCCUCCGCCGGACCCUGCUACCAACACAACGAACCUACCGAAAGCCGACUCACCUUCGCACAUGGAGAAGUUCACGAUCGUCAAAGGCAUCGCCGCGCCGCUCUACAUGGAGAACGUCGACACAGACAUGAUUCUCCCCAAGCAGUUCUUGAAGACCCUCAAACGCACUGGUCUGGCAGAUGCACUGUUCCUGCCGUUGCGCAAGGAUCCAAAGACCGGAGAACCUACCGACUUCGUGCUCAAUUGCGCUCCGUACGAUAAGGCGAAGAUACUCGUCGUGACUGGCAAGAACUUCGGUUGUGGGAGCUCGCGUGAACAUGCGCCGUGGAGUCUAAAGGACUUCGGCAUCCGCACUAUCAUCGCGCCCAGCUUUGGCGAGAUCUUUUUCUACAACUCCAUGCAGAACGGCAUGCUACCCGUCUCGCUGUCCGAAGUUGAAUGUCGCGCCCUUGCUGAAGACGCAGCCGCUGGUCUUGAGCUUGAGGUCGAUCUUGAGAAGGGGGAGGUGCGCCGAUCGAAUGGCCAGCCACCGAUACCCUUCAAGAUCGAUGCUUUCCGCCGCCAUUGCCUGCUCAAUGGUCUCGAUGACAUCGCGUUGACGAUGCAGAAGGAGAACUUGAUCUCUGAGUUCGAGGCGCGUCGUAGUGAGCGGUGGAGUUGGUUGGACGGGUUUGGAUAUGAGGGCAAGAAGAUCGCUGUCGCCUCAAGUAAGAAGGGCACAAAGAUGGAUUGGUGA